UUAUUAUUAUCUUUAUUUAACAGAUAAACCGAUCCAGACUCAGUGGUGGACGUGUGUCUCCUCUGAGAGACGAGAGGACGUCCAGGGGUCCAGAUGGAGGUCCGGUGCAGACCAGCUGGACCUGGACAGAACCACGCUGCUGAUCUGAGGAGGAUGAGUUCCCUGAAGGCAGCGCUGCUGCUGCUGCUGUUGGCGGCCGUCACCACGGCGACCCCGGGCACCGAGGACUGCGACGGUGUGAAGAAGCUGUCCACGUCGAACCUGCACGAGGUCAUGGGGGACUGGGUGCUGGUCUGGUCUGUGACGGACCACGCAGAGGGCUGGGACCUGUUGCCCAACAUCUCCAGUUCCCACGUGGAGUUCAGACUUCUCCAUGGCAACCGCACGGUGCAGCUCAAGGAGAGAAACCUGUACCGGGACGAGUCGUGUUCCAACUACUUCAUGAACUUCACGGUGGCCGACGCAGGAAACCACACGCUGGACGUCAUCGCCGCCACGUUGGAGAAGGACGGCGUUGGCAGUGACUUGAACCAAUCGAUACAGAUAGAUUUCUACGAGAGCUGCUCCGAGUGUCUGAUGGUGGUCUACACGUCGCCAGCGGGCCGAUACCUGCUCAACUACAAGAGGGAGGGGCGUCACCGGGACGUGGAGGAGAUGACGUCUCACCACAACGCCCACGAGCGACUCGCCAAGUGUCUGAGGAUCAGUCACGACCAACACUUCAGCUACGACGGAGCCGCAGAUUUCUGUCACAGGAAGUCGUCUCCGGCGGCGGAUGACGCCGCGGCGCCGGUUCUUCCUGAGUGACGACGUGUCAACAAAUAACCAAUAAAACAACAACAACAACUCAAA